CGUCUUUCUUCUUCCGGGUGAAGCGGGGACUUGCAGCAGGAUGGCGGUGCCUUCCGCCCCAGGGCUUCGGCUGUGCCUGCUGCUGCUGCUGCUGCUUUGGGAGGCGCCGCGCAGGAUCCCCCGCGCGACGGCCCAGCCGCCGCCGCCGCCUCCGCACGAUGCCGAGUUCACCUUCCUGCUGCCCGCCGGGCGGAGGGAGUGCUUCUAUCAGGUCGCGCCCGCCAAUGGCUCUAUGGAGAUCGAGUACCAGGUUAUUGGCGGCGCUGGCCUCGAUGUUGACUUCUCCUUAGUGAGUCCUUCAGGCGCCUUGCUAGUGGAUGAGUAUCGGAGAUCAGAUGGGCUACACGGCAUUGAGCCUACAGAGGGGGGUGAUUACAAGCUGUGCUUUGACAACUCCUUUAGCACCAUUUCAGAGAAGUUGGUGUUCUUUGAGCUCAUCUUCGAUAGCCCCCAGGAAGAUGAGGACUUGAACCACUGGGGAGAAGUGGCAGAACCAGAAGAGAUGCUGGACAUUAAGAUAGGAGUCAUUAAGGAAUCUUUUGAAACCAUGAAGAGCCGCCUGGAAAGAAGCAUUCAUGUGCAGGCCCUUCUGCGAGCCUUUGAAGCCCGAGACCGCAACUUACAGGAAAGCAGUCUCAGUCGGGUCAAUUUUUGGUCAGCCGUCAACCUUAGCGUGCUACUGGUGGUGUCAUUUCUCCAGGUGUAUAUGUUGAAAAGCCUCUUUGAGGACAAGAGGAGAGUUUGGACGUAGCAGGAGGAAAAAUGGACUUCUCCACGCUUCUGCCUGUUUUGGUGGGGGGGGGUACCAUGUUGCUGAAGCUCAAGUACCAUGUAAAUCAGCUGCCAUUUCUUUCGUCAUCUCCCGACAAGAGGAGUUAAAACAUGCAAACAAGUUAAAGGAGGGGUGAAGGUGUAGCAAUUUCAUAUCCACAUGUUGUGUGGUGGUAUCAAGGAGAGCAUAGCUUGUUCUUAAAGGACUACAAGAAGUAGAAAUGGAAGAGUUAAGCACCGGACAGCUAACAAACAGAAGGCAACCUUAGUGUCACAUAUCUUUCAAUGGGUCUUUUGUUUACAGGGAAGGAAAGUGCCUCCCCAAAGACAGCGUGCAGCAGGGCUUGCUCAUGGCCUUAAUCUUGGAUAUUUUUGUGUGCCUUAAUAGGAAGCGUGGCCAAAAUUAGCUAUUUUCACUUCAACUGCAAAAUGACCUAUUCUUUACUGUCUCUGAUAAAUGUCCUUGCCCUAAGAAGUUUUAAACUACUACAGGGCACAAAUAGAACCAACGCUAGCUUUGGUUAUCUUUGCACUCCACGGAUGGGCUCUGUUUUCUCCAAGCAUGGCUGCAUAUGGAGCAUCUGUCACUACUAAAGAGACUGUGCAGUGUGCAAACGAUUUGUUACCUUGGAAAGAGCCAAUAUUUGUACCCAUUUGUAAAUGGUAUAGCCUAUUUCAGGAUUUUAAUUACCAUCAAAAGCCAAUUGCGAGACUGGGAGAAAGAUUGCUUUUCCACAAGCAGUUUUUUAAAGUAUGUUUCACUGUUGGAGGUGCUGCAGAGCCCUGUUCCAGCGUCCAGGACUAAUUAAAGCAGUCUGGUUGCAUUUA